AUGGAGCAGAGAGGCGGUUCAGACGGCUUUGGCUUGGGUUACACUCCAGCUAUGUAUCGAGUCAACCAACAAGUCAGGCGAGCCCCAGGACAGAGCCUCGAAGUCCCUCAAGUCUCUAUUUCGGGCCAAGAUAAUAUUCCUCAAACCGGCCCAUUUGACGCAUUACUUCAACAUGUCGACAUUGGCCGCUACCGCGACUCUGUUUGCCAGUAUCUCAAGGUCCCUUCGGAUCUAUGGUUCGCGCUGUUCUGUUGUCGAGUCCCGUCAACGGCUCAGACGAUACUGAGCCAUCACCUUAUGCAAGUAUAUGGCUCUCUUCCAGCUGGUCUGUGGCAGCGUCUUGUGGCCUUGAGGAGCGAUCCUCACUUUGACUAUCUACAAGAGGACUUGGUGUGCAUGGUGUCUGCAAUCCCCGUCUCCCAGCUCCAUUCACGAUCAGGAUCCGACGCGUCCCCAUUUGAUCAAUCAUCCCCCGAGAACAUUCGCAGUGUGGGCACGAUUCAACCUUCCCCAGUGCAGAGUCCUGGCGACACAACACCUUGGCCGGUACUGGAUGUUGCAAUACAGACACAACCCAGCACUACGGUGGCUCCUGUUUCCACCGUCCGACGCCACACGAACUCCAGAAAUCCUUACUCGAAAGAAAAGGGGAAGGGGCGGGCCCCUGAUGGUCAGAGAUAUUUUUGUCCCGAACCUGGUUGCCCGCAUCCUCCGUUCAAAAAUGCAGGAAACUAUCUUAUUCACAUGUGGCGCUGCCACCCUGAAUAUCCCAAGCGUGAUCCUGCUUUUGCUCUCAGGUGCAUGCCAUCAAAUGAGGCAGAUGAAACAAUAUCGAACGGCAAUUCGGCCAUCGUGGAUGAUAUAUGCGAACCAUCUGUGGCGCCUGAUGAAGGCCUAUCAUUCGGAUUGUUCCAGGAGACGCUUCAGCGUCCAGGCCGCCGCUUCCCACCCAGGAGGUAA